CCGUGAUAAAUUUACAACCAAAGAUAACGCACUCUAACAAAAAAAGAAAACUCAUAAGUCAUAACCGCGGGAAAUGAAAAAAAAAAAAGUAAUGACAACUUACCGCUGUAUGCGCCACCGGCGAUGAUGCUCCGCCGUCAAAGUCUCGGCGCGGGGGCGGAGUUCCAUUCCCUCUGAGACAGGUUCCUUUCACGCCCUUUUUCCCGUUGAGCAGUUUCUUGUAUUUAAAGUUGAGAAAAAUUGAGAGGCAGCAUUGUUUGUGGAGCAAGAAUGCCGUAGUAUUUCUCCAACAUGUACUUUGGGAAUAGGGAUUUGUAAUUUAAUUACCUGUUUUUGCUCACUUGAAUUCUUCUGCCGAAUGGUUUUUCAAUAAGUCCAAGAACGCGCUCCAAUGGCGGAUUUCACAAUGUUUCGCUGUACAAAAGCUUCGGUAUAUGCGUUCCUCUUGUUUUUGUUUUUAUCGUUCUCAAAUCAACCGUCGCCCUUCACUAUACACGCAUUGGAGGCUGCCUGCGAUUGCUGCAAACAUGAAGUCCACCGCCGCUUCUAAAGCAGUGGACUCAAAUCAAAGGGAAGCAUAUCUUCGUGGUCGUGAUGACCCAUUCUUUCACGGGAUGCGAAGAGGUGAAGCCGCAAUGGCCAGGAAGGGAAGUGCCAUUGACUUUCAAGGAAAUUUGGCAAGGAAAAUCAGUUAUAGAUCAGCGUCAGAUGUUGGAGAUCGUAAAUCUAGAGAUAUUGUUGAUGCUAUGAAUGAAGACACCUCUGAUAGUCCUAAAAACUCACCUUUGGACAUUGUUCUUGAACCUGUUGGCAGGUCAUCAUCUGGGAGGUGGUCAAAGACUUCCUCACCAUUAGUAGUUACUCUGUCAGAUUUGAAUGUUAACAUCCGUGACUUGAAUGAACCAUUAAGAGUUUCUAGUCCGGACUCUACUGAAGGAAAGGAAUUAGCCAUCCAAGUUGGCUCCACAAGGUCUUUGGUCGAAACAUCAUAUCAAUUGAGAAAGAGGCAAACAGAUAUUUCUAAUGUUCCUCUUCUUCCAUCCGCAGCACUGUUUUAUCAAGGGCCUUCACAGCUAAUGCAAGAUACUGAAUCAUGUGCAAGUGUUUACAAGUUAAACGCUUACCUGAAGGCUAAGAGAGAUGGCAUCAAUGCUGGUGUUCCUGGGAACUUCCUGCAUGCUGUGAUUGGACCAGAUGUUGCAGAUGUGGGAUCAGUGGCUGCGACCAUCAUGUAUGCUCUUUACAUUGACGAGACUAUCAAAAGCAAGCAGCUUUGCACAGUUCCUGUAAUUAACAUGAAGAGAGCUGAUUUAGAUACACAUGCUAAUGUUCGGUGGCUUCUUGAAUCAUGCCAUAUUGAUCUCUCAUCCUUAAUUUUCAUUGAUGAGAUUGACUUGGCCUAUUACGAUCUGUUUGGGAGUCUCAAACUGGUUUUGGUCAAUUGCGAUAAGAUCCCAUCUGAACAAGAGGCACUGAAAGAGGCGAUAAUUGAAGUGUUCCACUGCACAAAGUCUGAUGUAUUUUCAUGGGUUCAUACGGUCACUGAGCGAGAGGAUGUAUCAUGCUGUAGUGUAAUUGCUGAAAAUUUUGCAAUGACAUCCCCUGAGAUAUUGGCUGGGCAAGGAUUCAGUAGACUUCUGUUAGCAGGCAUCCUUGUGGAUACUGGAAACUUAUCUAGCCUGCAUUGCACCUCGAAAGAUAAAUACAUGGCGACCUUGUUAAUUAAUGGAGCUGGUCGAUUUGGAAUCAACGGGCUUUACCAAAUAUUGAAACACACAACUUAUGGUUCAUCUGACCUUAAAGUGGAGGAUAUUUUACAGAAGGAAUUUAAGAAAUGGGCCAUAUCAGGUAAACCAAAUACUAUAAGCUCAAGGCUGGGACCCAAUAUCGGGAUGAGUUCGAUUGGGAUGUCAGUUGCCCAACUGCUGUCUCAUGAUUCAGCUUCAGUUCAGGAAAUCAUACAUUUUCAAAAAUUGGAGAAACUCAGCAUACUACUGGUUGUCUCUGGCUAUUAUGAUCCUCAGAAGAGAUUCAAGAGGGAAAUUCUGGUUUCUGCUGAAUCUGCCGAGCUCAUGAAGAAUCUGCUGGUGUUCAUGAAUUCAAGUGAAGCCCAGCUUCCACUCAGAGCUCUAAAUCAAUCAGGUCUACGAGGUGAGAUGAGAGUGUUUGAGAUCGGCAAAGUCACCUCAAGGAGAACCAUCGAACGCCUCCUGGAAGAUUUUGCAUCCACCUCUUCUUAACAGAACUCACUUCACAGUCUUAUUAUCUUCACAAAUUUGAAAUAUGUAUGUGCACUUUGAUCACAUUUAUAGUUUACCUAAUGUUGUGAAACUUGAAAUCUUGAGCUUCAUAUUAAGUGAGUUUUGCAGUGGUGAGAUUAUGACACUGUCAUAAAGAAUGUAAAGAUUUGGUAUAAGUAAGAGUCCAUUGAAUUUGAUUUGAGGAGAUGUGGAUUCAAUUCAA